AUAACGAACAAUGAUGAGCCUCUCUCUACCUUCUUCUCCCGCCAAAAUCCCUCUACCUUCUCCAAAACCCACUAACCACCCUUCCCGCCAAAAACCUCCAUCGUCAACAACCUUCAAACCCCAAAGCAGCAGCUUCUACUCCCUCAAGGACCGUCUGUUUCACCACCUCAAUGCGGGUCAUCUCCAGAAAGCAAUCUCGACCCUUGAUCAAAUGUCCCAACAAGGGACCCACCCAGACCUCAUCACUUACUCUCUCCUCCUCAAAUCCUGCAUCAGGUCACAUAAUUACCAACUGGGUCACCUCGUCCAUCAUCGUUUGACUCAGUCGGGACUCGAGCUUGACUCGGUCAUUUUGAACUCUUUAAUCAGUCUCUACUCAAAAUGUGGUGAUUGGCAACAAGCACAUGAAAUCUUUGAAAGUAUGGGAAAUAAGAGAGAUUUGGUGUCAUGGAGCGCAUUGAUUUCUUGUUAUGCUAAUAAUGAGAAAGAAUUUGAGGCUAUUAGUGCUUUUUUUAACAUGCUUGAAUGUGGGCUUUAUCCUAAUGAGUAUUGUUUUACAGGGGUUUUUCGGGCAUGUUCGAACAAAGAGAACAUUUCGCUUGGGGAAAUCAUUUUUGGGUUUUUGUUAAAAACUGGGUAUUUUGAGUCUGAUGUAUGUGUGGGUUGUGCUUUGAUUGAUAUGUUUGUGAAGGGGAAUGGUGAUUUGGAAUCUGCUUAUAAGGUGUUUGAUAGAAUGCCUGACAGAAACGUGGUUACUUGGACUUUGAUGAUAACUAGGUUUCAACAAUUGGGAUUUUCAAGAGAUGCUGUUGGUUUGUUUUUAGAUAUGGUUCUAAGUGGAUAUGUCCCGGAUAGGUUUACGUUAAGUGGGGUUGUUUCGGCUUGUGCUGAAAUGGGUUUGUUGUCGCUAGGGAGGCAAUUCCAUUGUUUGGUUAUGAAGUCAGGGUUGGAUUUGGAUGUUUGUGUUGGGUGUAGUUUGGUGGAUAUGUAUGCAAAGUGUGUGGCAGAUGGGUCUGUCGAUGAUGCUAGGAAAGUGUUUGAUAGGAUGCCAGUUCAUAAUGUUAUGUCUUGGACUGCAAUUAUCACGGGAUAUGUGCAGAGUGGAGGAUGUGAUAGGGAAGCAAUUGAACUCUUCUUGGAAAUGGUUCAGGGACAAGUUAAACCGAACCAUUUCACAUUUUCUAGCGUUCUCAAGGCAUGUGCAAAUCUUUCUGAUAUUUGGCUUGGUGAACAGGUUUAUGCACUUGUGGUUAAAUUGAGGCUUGCGUCAAUUAAUUGUGUUGGGAAUUCUCUUAUUAGCAUGUAUUCUCGGUGUGGUAACAUGGAAAAUGCUAGGAAAGCCUUUGAUGUUCUGUUUGAGAAGAAUUUGGUUUCUUAUAAUACGAUUGUUAAUGCAUAUGCCAAGAGUUUGAAUUCUGAAGAAGCAUUUGAACUGUUUAAUGAAAUUGAGGGUACAGGGACUGGGGUUAAUGCUUUCACGUUUGCUAGUCUCUUAAGUGGAGCUUCUAGCAUUGGAGCAAUUGGUAAGGGCGAGCAAAUCCAUGCUCGGAUACUGAAAUCAGGUUUUAAGUCAAACCUUCACAUCUGUAAUGCUCUGAUCUCCAUGUACUCUAGGUGUGGAAAUAUAGAAGCUGCUUUUCAAGUUUUUAAUGAGAUGGGAGAUGGCAAUGUUAUAUCCUGGACAUCAAUGAUCACAGGGUUUGCAAAACAUGGAUUUGCAACAAGAGCUCUGGAAACCUUCCAUAAAAUGCUAGAAGCAGGUGUGAGCCCAAAUGAGGUCACCUAUAUUGCUGUUUUAUCAGCUUGUAGUCAUGUGGGUUUGAUUUCUGAGGGAUUGAAACACUUCAAGUCAAUGAAGGUAGAACAUGGGAUUGUUCCGAGAAUGGAACAUUACGCAUGUGUGGUGGAUUUAUUGGGUCGAUCAGGACGUCUUGAAGAAGCAAUGGAGCUUGUUAACUCGAUGCCCUUCAAGGCCGAUGCCUUGGUCCUCCGUACAUUUCUUGGAGCAUGCCGAGUUCAUGGCAACAUGGAUCUCGGGAAACAUGCUGCGGAGAUGAUUCUUGAGCAGGAUCCAAAUGAUCCGGCAGCAUAUAUCCUGCUUUCGAACUUGCAUGCUUCAGCUGGUCAGUGGGAAGAGGUGGCUGAAAUCAGAAAGAAAAUGAAGGAGAGAAAUUUGACUAAAGAAGCUGGUUGUAGCUGGAUAGAAGUGGAAAACAAGGUGCACAAGUUCUAUGUUGGGGAUACUUCACACCCACAAGCACAAGAGAUUUAUGAUGAACUAGAUCAAUUGGCUUUAAAAAUAAAGGAAUUAGGCUAUAUUCCCAGCACAGAUUUUGUUCUUCAUGAUGUGGAAGAAGAACAGAAGGAGCAAUACUUGUUCCAGCACAGUGAGAAAAUUGCUGUUGCAUAUGGUUUUAUAAGCACAUCCACAUCAAGACCUAUAAGGGUGUUCAAAAAUCUUCGCGUCUGUGGAGAUUGUCACACCGCAUUCAAAUACUUCUCCAUUGUCAGAAGGAAAGAAAUAGUGUUAAGGGAUGCCAAUAGAUUUCAUCAUUUCAAGGAUGGAACCUGCUCCUGCAAUGAUUACUGGUAAAUGUAAUCACAUUGUUUGACAGAAAGUUAUUGACAACUCAAUGUAGUAUACGUUUGUUCAUUCAAGAAAGCUACAAGGAGAUUCCAUUUGCCAUUUGUUGACUGGCCUGGGAUUUGUAAACUUACUAGUUAUGUUCUUGAUAAAAAUUCUUCAACUGCUAAUCUUCAUGGAUGGAUAAGCAGAGCUUAUGAAGAAAUAAAAAAAACAUGACCGUUUUAAGGAGUAACAAAGUUAGAAGAAGGUUUAAUAACAGUAAACAUCCCCCAAUAUUCUCAUUGAUAAUAUUGUAUUUUUCAUUGUA